AUGUCAACAGAACAACAUUCCGAACCUGAUUCUGCCCCUAUCAAGCUUCUUUCUCUCGAUGGAGGAGGAAUCCGGGGCCUAUCAUCCCUCAUCAUCCUGAAGUACCUAAUGAAACGAGUCAGGCCGGACAACCCCCCCAAACCAUGCGAAUAUUUCGACCUGAUUGGAGGGACAAGCACUGGCGGACUUAUCGCUAUCAUGCUUGGUCGGCUCCGCAUGGAUGUAGACACCUGCAUUGAAAAGUAUGGCGAGCUUUCUUCGCGUGUGUUCCAACCGAAGCGGGCAGGAGUAAACCUCCUGGGCAAAUUGAAAGAUUUCGCCAAGGCGGAGGGGAAGUAUCGCUCUGGCCGUCUUGAGCAGGAGAUCAAGAAUAUGGUAGAGGAGGUUGAGGGCGAUGCGCAGUCGAGGCUCCUUCAGAUCGGCCCAGACCCCGAAUGCAGAGUUUUUGUAUGUGCCUUCACGAAUGAUCUCAACGUCCCUGUCCGACUCCGGUCCUAUUCUACGGCAGACUCUGUCGAUUCUCUUUCUGGAUCACGCUGCGCCAUCUGGGAGGCCGCACGAGCCACAUCCGCCGCAGCCACAUUCUUCGAUCGGAUCCAGGUCGGACGUCAAUAUUACGUUGAUGGGGCCACAGGCUACAACAACCCAGUAGAAGUAGUUCUCGAAGAAGCCAAGUCUAUAUGGCCAGACGCACUGGCGAGAAUCCAAUGCCUCGUAAGCAUCGGGACGGGGGUUCCAGACCCAAGGGACUUUGGCGACAACCUCAAGGGCGUAUUCGAAACAGUGAAAGAGAUCGCGACAGAAACAGAGAUAACACAGAAGAGAUUCUUGAAAAACCACGUUCAUUUAGGCGUCAAGGGUCGUUACUUCCGGCUCAACGUCAAUGAGGGCCGCCUUACGGGAGUUGGGUUGGACGAGCAUAAGAAGCAGGGUAGAAUAGAGAUUGCGAGCGAAGAUUAUCUCGAGGAUCCUCAAACCAGAACACUGGUCGAUGAAUUUCUUGCAGUUCGUGCACCGCUGGCACACAGAACAAGUGAGACCCCAGUCAAUCAAAUUUCGUUGGUGCCAUAUCUCGAAAACACCAAGUUCUCUGGCCGCGGAGACAUCAUUCUUGCAAUGAAGCAGUUUUUCACGGCUAAAUCUGGAAUCCAUAGUGGUCAGAAACGACUCAUCCUGCAGGGCUUUCCCGGCAUCGGGAAGACUUCACUUGCUCUUCAUUACUCGUUUGAACAUGGCAACGCGUAUGAUGGGAUAUUUUGGAUCAACGCUCAUGUUACUGACACGCCUGCAGACUCAGGUCACCAUAAAACCGCUCGAGAAGCCAUUCACCAAGAGCUCCUAAGGAUUGAUGAGGAGAUCAGCAAGAGCACAAAUAUGCCUCUGGCCAAAUGGUGUUUGACAAAGAGAUGGCUCCUCAUCAUAGACAAUCUUGAAGAUUCUACUGCCUUUCAAGCACAAGCAGCAAUCCCGCGAGGGGUGGGAGGGAAUGUCAUCAUUACGAGCCGUCGCACAGAUUUGAAUCAAGUCGGAACCGUUAUGAUAAUUCCACCUCUGAAAGAAAAGGAAGCCGCCAAACUACUCCUUCUCUAUAGCGAGAAUCGAGAACCAGAAAAAGAGGACCAAGGCAACUCUCUCGAAAUUGUCGAAAAGCUCGGCCAUGUCCCCCUUGCUAUUCGACAAUUUGGAUGCCUUGUGAGUGAACAAAGGGAAAGUCUGUCAUCGUACAUGGGCGAGUUUGAUCAUCUGAUGAAAGAAUUGGCAUCGUCCGGUCGAGAAUUCUCUGGCCAAACAUUUGAACUUAACGAUUCAAGGCCCUUGCUGGCAAGCUUUGAGCUCUCUCUCGGGUACCUGUCGAAAGCUUCAAAACACGCGGCUGCUUUGCUCCAGCUGAUGGCAAACUUUGAGGCCACCGACAUCUCGCAAUCAAUGCUGCACAGGAGCUUGCAGAAACAGAAGAGAUGGGAUGAAAAUGGGAAUAUCAGUACUUGCUUCGUCAAAAGUAUGAGUGGAUGGCUCAAGGAUCUCUCAGAGAGUAGCGGCAGAGGUCUAGAAGACGCUCUAGAAUCACUUGUCAAGUUUUCAUUGCUGUUUCGGAAGAAGCGAAAGGGUCAUUUCUUUCUCCAUCCCCUCACCCACUUCUGGUUGCGUUGGAAGCAAGAUACAAGAACCGCAGACUCCGUUCCUGAUUCUUUCAAAGACUCUCUGUCCUUGUUGCUAAACGGCUUCCCUCAUCCUGACUUCUCUAGUGUGUAUGGUCUGUCCGCUCAGCAACUUGACCUCCGUGCAUUGUUUGUGCCGCAUGUUGAAAGCCUAUUGAGACAGUAUCAGCAACUUAAGAGUCGCAUCAUGAAGGACGAGGCCUUGUUAUUACAACUAUCAGAUCUGUUUCUCCAGGCAUCCAACACCCCAACCACGUUGCGGCCGGUGCAGCAACAGGUGAAACAUAUUCUCGCUGGCAUUGGCGUGCCCUCGCCCGGAGGCUUCCCAAUGGAUUCCUCCAAACAAGACGCACCAUUCCUGCCAGCAUUGAAGGAAAUCAUGAUACGACUUGACUACCCUGCGACGCUGUUUCUGUGGGCAGUUUAUGUGUUUUUCGACUAUGAGUGUCAGCAAUGGCAGGACUCGAAUCCAGGAAGUGUAUACCGAGUCGAACAUAUUCAAUUCGGCGGCAAACCUCUUGCCGAAGUCAGGGCCCGCAUCAUAGGUCAAGAUCCAACUGAGCCAGCUUGGAUUCACAAUGGGAUCUUUCUUGUGACUGACAGCAUCGGCAUUGACUUGGAUUCUAUGCGCGACAUCGCUGCGAUUAUGCCACUGAAGGCAGGCCCCGAGAAGGAAGACCGCACGGCACCUGCUACCCAAAGUUUACAGAGCGGAAUCUUUGGCCUCAUAGCGUUCAAAUACUUUCGGCAAGUCGUGUUUUCUGUCCUGACCGUAAAGCAGGAACCAGGCACAAGACGGCUCCAGAUCGACAUUGCCAGUCGCAUGGCUCUUCCUAGCUACAUAGCCUUGAGUUGGAUUCUCUGUUUCCAUUUAAACCCUCCGUUGGGUAGCAAUGACUUGCCCACGAUGGACAAAGCUACCGAAACACUUGAUGCCAACCUGCCAUUGAGUUGCAAGACCUUUUGCGAUCUUACCAGGUUCGCCGAAGCUCAGAUGCUGCUUUCAGCUUUCGAGAGCAGGGGGUACAGCACCGAUAUCUUGGAUCCCCUCCAGCUGUGGGCGAACAGUCUAGGCGGCAGAGCUGCAGAGAGGGUCGCCUGGAUCUGCAAGACGAUGGGCCCCGAAUCUGUGGUGGGUGCUGAAAGUCUAAUGAUGCUCAUUUCCUGUGAUGAGGAACCAAUGCCUCAAGAUCUUGUUCAGAAGGUGCUCAACAGUCCCAUCACGAAGGAUAACUUUGCCUUUAAAAUUGGAUUGAUCGGCCAUUGGCACAGGCGCCUGGCAGCAUCCGGCUCUACAGAAAAGGCGAUGGAGUUGGUUCUUACCUGGAUUAAGCACUUUUCAAUCUGUGAAAAGAAUAUCAGAGACACCUGGCACUUUUAUAAUGACCCUGUGUUGGACUUGUAUGAAUUUGCUAUCCAGCUGAAUGAGACGCAACCUCAACUUCAAGAAGAGACAGCAGUCUACAGGAAUCAAUAUUUAAAAUACUCUUGGGAGCAUUACGGCCAAUUUCACCAAUGCCUGGCCCUUGGCUGUGGGGUAGGAAUCUUCGGAAUGGGCUUCGGAAGGUUAAAGGUAGGUAUGAACGGACUGCCGGGCAAGCCGGGAUCGAAGGCGAAUCAAGACGACCCCUGGGUCCAACUUUUCCUUUUUCUCCAAAGAAGGUUCUUGCCUGCGGCUCGGGAAAACGCACAGGCGCAAGAGACUGAAACAGGCGCGAGAAAUCGAGCCUUCCUGGAGCCAUUAUUUAGUGACCCUGUUCUAGCAGACAAGGGGAUUGAUGCCAUUCUGUUGGAGGAGGACAGAGCGAAAGAACACGCAUUAAGACAAGCAGGACUUUUUGCCUUUUUGGAAGAAGUUUCGGGCCACAAACCAAACGAACCCGUCAUUCAUAGAGGCAGAACUCAAUGGGGACCCGCCGAGCCCAAUCUUUUACUUUUUCCGCUCGAUAAGGAGAAAAUUGAGGCCGAGCGUCAAUUUGUCAAAGGCAUGACACGAGAAGCCCUAAAAGAGUUCUGUGAGGCUGUGAACAAUGCAGAGGGAAUGUUUCCACCAGGUUGGGAGCAACGGGAGACAAAGGACGCCCGUCCAUACUUUGUUGAUCACAACACAAAAACCACAACAUGGGACGAUCCUCGAGAGAAGGCCUAUGCUGGGCUAAGGCUUACUGUGCAGGACUUGAAGAAGUAUAUCUGUUAUAUUUUCUAA